AUGGCUACGAAACAGGCACACAAGAGGUUAACCAAGGAAUACAAGUUAAUGGUGGAUAAUCCGCCACCAUAUAUUAUUGCCCGUCCUAAUGAGAGUAACAUCUUGGAAUGGCACUACAUCAUUACGGGACCUCCAGACUCCCCUUACGUCGAUGGACAGUAUCACGGAACUUUAACCUUCCCAUCAGAUUAUCCAUACAAACCGCCUGCUAUUCGAAUGAUUACACCCAAUGGACGGUUUAGAGAGAAUACGAGAUUGUGCCUCUCGAUGAGUGAUUACCAUCCCAAUACAUGGAAUCCUAGCUGGUCUGUUUCUACUAUUUUGAAUGGUUUGUUGAGUUUUAUGACUAGCGAUGAAGCAACAACGGGUUCUAUAGCCACCACAGAUCAACAGAAGAAAGUCUUGGCCAAAAGGGCAAUAGAGUACAAUACAUAUCAGAAUGUCAGAUUUAAGCUGGUUUUUCCAGAUAUAAUAGAGGAAAACAUGAAAGAGAUAGAGGAUAGAAAGGCCAAUGGCGGAGAUCAAGAUACCAACUCUAAGGAUGAAGAUUUUAAACAGGAUGCUAUUGCUAGAGCUGCUAAGGAAAAAGCUAUUGCAUUGGAGGACAUCCUGGAUCCUGAAGAUAGGAUACGUGCUGAGCAAGCAUUGGAGGAGAUUCAUUUAAAGGGUAAGAAAGAUGAUAAAGAGUCACAAAAUUCUUCCUCUUUGAUUUACGUUGGUGUUGCACUCUUGCUUUUCUUUUUGGGACUUUCCAUGAAAUAG